AUGCGGGCGGCAAGCUCAGCCACCCUAGCCCUAAGCCCUAACCGCUCGCCUACGCACCAACGCGGGCGACCAACCAAAACUUUGCAAACUCCAUCGCGAUUCUAUCCGCACCGACGACCGUCGACUCGACAAUCUCCUUCCAGCAACCACCGUCGUCGCCAAACCCCAGUCACAACCGUCGAGAUGGCGCAGGAACGUUCCGGAAUCGUGGUCGGUCUGAACAAGGGCCACAAAACCACCCCUCUCAACACCCCCAAGACCCGGAUCAGCCGCACCAAGGGCCAGUCUUCCCGCCGCACUGCCUUCGUCCGUGACAUCGCCCGCGAGGUUGUCGGUCUUGCCCCCUAUGAGCGUCGUAUCAUCGAACUCCUGAGAAACACUCAGGACAAGAGAGCUCGUAAGCUCGCCAAGAAGAGGCUCGGUACCUUCACCCGUGGCAAGAGAAAGGUUGAGGACAUGCAGAGAGUCAUCGCCGAGUCCAGACGUGUGGCUGGUCACUAA